AUGCAAGCUGCAAUCUCCGGCGAUAUUACCACUUUGGAUUCACUGAUGGGCUUUGGAUUCAGCGUCGAUACGAGAGCAGAUGAUCAAUCAACUGCACUACACUGCGCUGCCAGAAGUGGUCAGGCAAGGACGGUUCAGUAUUUGCUCGACAAAGGCGCUAGUUGUAACACAUUCAACGAUAAGCGCCGACAACCACUGCAUGAGGCCAUCUUGAGCGGCGAUUCAGACACAUUGAAAGCCUUGAUCCAAUACACAUCGGAAGGCAAACGCCCAUCAUUGCAUCAUGCUGCAGCCAGUGGCAAAUUGGAUACCAUAGCAUUGCUGUUGAGCAAGGGCAGUCAUAAUGCUCAAUUUCGAGACAGGUGGGAUUAUACACCUCUACAUUACGCAGCAUUCAAUAGCCACUGGAAAGCAGUCCAGUUGCUCCUCGAAUAU